AUGAGCAGCGAAAUAGUUCGAAUCGCGGCGGACUGGCUUGACAGUCUCGGUCAAGCGUUCGCGUCAGGAGACGCCGAGACGAUCGUAGCACUGUUCCAACAGGACGGCUGGCUGCGAGAUCUUCUGACAUUCAGCUGGGACUUCCGCUCUCUCCGCGGAACAGAUCAAAUCAUCAAUUAUCUCUCUCAAUAUAUUCCCUCUGCUAGUAUCUCCAACGUCAAGCUCGAUCGCCGUACUGGACUGGAGCCUUCCCUUGUAUCCCUGGGACCCGAUCUCGACAACAUACUCGAGGCCUCAUUUACGUUUGAAAAUGCUUCUGGUAGCGGUCGAGGUAUGAUCUACCUGAAGCAAGAUGCCACGCAACAGUGGAAGGCAUUCAUCGUCUUCAUGACGCUGGACGAGUUGCGUGGGUUAGAAGAACAAGACCACGAGUCGGGCCUAUACGGUGGGCAUACGAUUACAUACCAGGAGGUUCAGGCGAGGCGCGUUGCAGAGGUGGAAAGUGAUCCUCAGGUCCUGAUCGUCGGGGCCGGUCAGACAGGGCUGCAGGUUGCAGCCCGCUUCAAGCAGAUGGGCAUACGGGCCAUAGUAAUAGAUAAGAACUCUAGGGUCGGUGACAAUUGGCGAGUCCGGUACAUCAUGUUCCCGCAUCAUACUCGAGCCCUUCUCCUAUACGCACCAUUUCCUUCCACAUGGCCGAGAUUCACUCCAAGAGACAAACUUGCCAACUGGCUUGAGCAGUACGCAACCUCUCAGGAUUUGGUCAUCUGGACGGAUUCCGAGAUUGUGCCUACUCCGAGCUACGACCCUGGCACUAAGCGCUGGGGCGUCCGAGUUCGACGAGGGGACACAGAGUAUCUCCUACAUCCUAUCGAUAUAGUCAUUGCGACCGGCACCCUCGGCGAUCCCUUAGUACCCCUCAUCUCUGGGCAGGAUACGUUUGUAGGCGAUAUCAUGCAUUCAUCCCGCUUUCCCGGUGGUCAAGUCUUCACGGGUAGACGCGUCCUAGUGGUCGGUGCAGGUAAUACGUCGGCCGACCUUUGCCAAGAUCUGGUGCACCACGGGGCUGCAUCUGUGACGAUGGUUCAGCGUUCGUCCUCGGUCGUGGUUUCUGACAAAUACAUGGCUGGCUUUUUCGAGGGGAGGUGGCCGGAGGGUGUUCCGUAUGAAAUAAGCGACUUUCGGACGGCCGCCAUGCCUCUUGGUCAGACGCGGGAGAUUCUCCAGAGGCUACAGCAGUAUGCUCUGGAAUACGAUAGCACCAUGCACGAAGAUUUGCGCAAGCAAGGUCUCUCUUUGAGCAACGGUCCGGACGGCGCAGGUUUGAUAUGGACGUUGUUUAGUCGAUUAGGCGGGAUCGACGUUGGCUGUGCUGCGUUGAUUGCUGACGGCAAGGUCGAGGUUAAGCAAGGGGUAGAGGUAGCCAGAUUCGACAAGAACGGUAUUCUGUUCAGUGAUGGCACAGAAACGGAGGCAGACGCCGUUCUCUUCGCGACUGGGUACCAUAAUAUGCGCGAUACCAUACGCAAGAUAUUUGGCGAUAUCAUCGACAAGACAUCCCCUGUGUGGGGCCUCGAUGAUGAAUACGAGUUGCGAGGUUUCUAUCGCCCUUCGGGCCAGGAAGGGCUCUGGUAUGCCGCCGGUGACUUCAGCCACGCGCGCUAUCACUCGAAACAUCUUGUCAGUGGGCAUUCUUAUCCAAGCGGAUAA